AGGUUCGUUUAAAGGAUGGUAAAGGGCAAAAUAUUCGACGACAGUGGCACGGAGGUGAAAAUGAAGAAGAGUUUUAAAAUCGACAAGAAACUGGAACCAUUUUACACAGGGGGUGGGCUCCACCUCAGUCCGGAUCAGGAGUACUUGUUCUGUCACUGUGAAAAUCUCGUCAAAGUGGUUGAAAUCUCCACCGGGCAAGCUGUUCAGUGUUUUGGUGACGAGGAGGAUGCUGCUAUCACCAUCUGUGGUAAUAACGAGCUCUUGUUCACAGCUCACCGAGCCUCGCUGUUGAUAAAACAGUGGAAAUGGAAGAGUUCUGGAGAUGAGGCACUGGUCAGAUCGUUUAAAGCUCACCCAGUCCCGGUAACGUCCAUGUCUAUGGAUUCAACAUACUCACUGCUGGCUAGUGGAGCUACUGACAGUGUCAUCAGAGUAUGGGAUAUAGAGAACAACUACUGUACCCACCAGUUUAAGGGAAGUAAAGGUGUGGUCACCCUCCUACAGUUCCAUCCUAACAAACUACAUCUCUUUUCCUCAUCCGACGACCUACUGGUCAAGAUUUGGGAUCUGGAGACUUCCACCCUGAUUCACGACCUGAAAGGGCACGUUAGUCCAGUCACCUCUCUCGUGUUUCCCAGUGAAACAGCCAUGAUCUCCGGGGGACGUGACAAGGUCCUUAACACUUGGGACCUAACAUCUGGUAAGCUGAAGGAGACACUUCCUGUGUUUGAGGUUAUUGAGGGUAUGGCUCUGUGUGAGGUUGUUGUUACAGCUGGUGAUAAGGGAGUACUUCGUGCAUGGGACAAGGCCAGUAAUAAGUGUGUUCAGCAACAGGAUCCUCCUGCUUUGAAAAGAGAGUUUGUGAACCUUAUUUCGUAUAAAUCUGGGAUACUUGCUGUUACUUUCGAUCAGAACAUUCUCAUCUACAACAAAGAACUUGAGGUCGAGAAGAAUUUGAUAGGUUACAAUGAUGAGAUAAUUGACAUUAAGUCAGCAUUUGAGGGUCAUCUUGCUCUCGCAACAAACUCAGAACAAAUAAGAAUUGUUAACCAAGACUCCCUCGCUACCAGCAUCCUUUCAGGUCACUCCGGAACAGUCCUCUCCAUAGACACAAACCCUGAACACAACCUACUCGCCAGCAGCAGCAAGGACUGCUCUGUCAUCAUCUGGAAGUGUGAUGAGGGCAGCUACACUCAAGUAGCUACUCUAACAGGACACACCAGUGCUGUAAGUGGGGUGGCUUGGUCUCAUCUUCCUGAAAACAUCCUCCUGGUGAGUGUCAGUAGUGAUCUUACUCUUAAACUCUGGCAACCAGCCAAAGGUAAUGUGGACAAGCUUCAUAAGACCAAGUGUGUGUACACCAUAAAGGCUCACGAGAAAGACAUAAACUGUGUGACUGUGUCGCCCAAUGACAAGUUUAUCAUAACGGGCUCCCUGGACAAAACAGCUAAGGUUUGGUCGUCAGAUAAAGGGAACUUGUUGGGUGUUCUGAGGGGUCACAAGAGAGGAAUCUGGUCUGUUAGGUUCAGUCCUGUUGAUCAAUGUGUGUUGACCAGUUCAGGAGACGCCUUGGUCAAGCUGUGGAGGUUAUCCGACUUUAGCUGUAUCAGAACAUACGAAGGACACUCUUCGUCCGUGUUAAACUGUCAGUUCACCUCGUACGGUAGACAGCUAGUAUCAUGUUGUGCUGAUGGUUUGAUAAAGGUAUGGAACACUCAGACCUCGGAAUGUGUCACCACACUGGAUGGGCAUGCUGAUAAAUGUUGGGCACUACUGGUAACUGAAGAUAGGAUUGUUUCAGGGGCUGCAGACUCUUUGUUGUGUUUCUGGAGGGAUGUUACUGCCGAAGAAGAGGAUGAGGAAAUAAAAGAGGAGCAGUUCCAGAGCGAACAGCAACAGGAACUCAGAAACUUACUGUUUGAUGGAAAAUUGGCUGCUGCAUUUUCUUUAUCCCUGGCUCUGAAUAUGCCUUAUAAAUGCCUAGGUGUGGCACAGAAGAUUCUUGAACUUGACGAUGGCACCACUCAACUUAGAAAUCUUAUCGAAAAUCUUCAGAUGGAUCAGAUUGAAUCUCUUUUAGAAUAUUUGGCGACUUGGAACACAAAUUCCAAGCAUACCAUAAUUGCGCAGAAUGUUUUGUUUGCCUUGUUAAGUGGUGGACAAAGUCGCUCUUUUGCGAGUAACCCUAAACUAAGAGUGCAUUGGGAAGCUCUCAUCCCGUAUACUGAACGUCAUUUUGAGCGAUUAACUAAGCUUCAACAACAAUCUACAUUUUUACAAUAUACAUGGGAUAGGAUGAAAUUAUCUGAGGUUUGAAAUUUUUAGAUCGAGAUUAUCCGUGAUAUAUCUGGGUUCUUUUACUAAAUUAUUUACAGAAAGUCUUAAUGUCACUGUGCUGUGAAUUUUUAUUAAUUUAUUGACAUUCUUACAUUUUAACUUUAUUCUAUCUGG